ACGCUCGUCACGCCCGCACGCCCAACGUGCAGUCGCCUCCUGGUGUACAGCUGAUCGCGAGUUAGGGCGAUACGACGUGAAAACGGUGCUCGAGGCAUGGCGAUACGCCGGUAGUCGAAUUAUUUUCAUGACCUGAAACCACGAAACCUACCACGAUGGCGACGAUCGAGUGAACAGUUUUAUUCGGUGGAAUCGAAGGGAACGUAUUCCAUUCGUUCAUUCCCCACCCCCUCAUCCCUUAGUUACCUUUGGUCUGGGUUCGCUCGUGUUUCGUACCUGUUCGGUUUCAUGCGUGGAGGGUGCACGCGGAGGACUCGUUAGGAAGAGGAAAGCGACGACCCUCGAUCGCAGCGAUCGACGGAUGUCGGUGGACGCCGAGGCGUCGUCGUCGAGGGUGGGUGGACCUGUGGAAGCGACGAGCCCCAUCCAGCGGUAAAGGUGCUCGAUUACAACGACAGAUCCAUAUGAUGGCCAACGAAGAGACACAGAGACCCUACAGAACAACGUUACCAGUUCCUGGCCACUCCGAAGUCAAUCUGUGUUCCGUGCUAUCGCUGGGCAAGGACCUCAGCAAAAUCACCAUGCCUGUCGUCUUCAAUGAGCCGCUGUCCUUCCUCCAACGCGUCGCCGAGUACAUGGAGUACGCCAAGCUGCUCAAGCAGGCGUCGCAAGAAGAAACUCCUCUCGGAAGGAUACAGUACGUUGCUGCUUUCGCCGUGAGCGCUUUGGCCUCAAACUGGGAAAGGCUUGGCAAACCCUUCAACCCGAUACUUGGCGAAACGUACGAGCUGGAGCGCGAGGACUUCCGAAUAGUCUGUGAGCAAGUAUCGCACCAUCCACCAGUGUCAGCCUUUCAUGCCGACACCGAGGAGUUCAUAUUCCACGGCACCAUACACCCGAAACUGAAAUUCUGGGGCAAAUCGGUCGAGAUACAUCCGAAGGGCAUCGUCACCGUUGAGCUUCCCAAAUGGAAGGAAGCGUACACCUGGCAGAACGUGAACUGCAUUCUUCAUAACGUGCUGGUGGGCCAGUUGUGGAUGGAGCAAUUAGGCAACCUGGAGAUCAAACAAUAUGGCGGUGCGAGCUAUAAGGCGACCCUCGCCUUCAAGGGAGGAAGCUGCAACGGGAAGGAUCUCCAUCGCGUAGAAGGAUUUAUUACGGAUCAAGAUAAGAAGAAGCUUCUGUUCCUUUACGGAAGAUGGACGGACAGGAUGAAGGUGUGCGAGCCUCUGCAAUACGAAGACGCCCUGGAAAGGGUGAAACGCGAGGCGAAGAGUCCUCAGGGGAGCCCAGGACACAAGAAGGUCUUGGCGAAGCUGCACAGUCUCAAGGUUGGAGCCUUCAAACCCUCCCACCAGGACGCAAUUGACGAUCCAUCGGCAAGUAUAGACGGAGACGACACUCCAACGAUCGACGAUAUUCCUGGAUCCACAACCCUUUGGGAAGCUGCCCCAAGACCGCCCAAUAGUUCAGAGUAUUAUCAAUUUACAACGUUCGCAAUGUCGUUGAACGAAAUGACCCCAGAAAUGGAGAAAACGAUAUGCCCGACGGACUCCAGGCUGAGGCCAGACAUAAGGAAACUGGAAAAUGGCGACCUGGACGUGGCUGGGGCUGAGAAGGCGAGACUCGAGGAGAAGCAACGCGACACGCGUAAGUCUCGUAAGCACAAGAAAACUCAGGAAUGGACGCCCAGGUGGUUCCAAUUAGGCGUAAAUCCAUACACGGGUCAAGAGGAUUGGCUGUACCGAGGCGGCUACUGGGACCGCAAUUACACCAACAUGGAGGACAUUUUUUAAUAAAUUCGAAUAUAUCCUUGUUGGAAGACGGAUAAACAGCAAACGAAAAGAACGGGACGUACGCUCGCAUGUCCUGGCGAGGAGUGUUUUCAUACGAAAUCGUUGAUACACCGCGUAGAGACCGCGUUCAUUAUUAUUUCAAUCCUCCAUCGUCGGCCAACGCUAUUUUCUAAUCGAUACUAAGGAAAUCUUGUUGUUUGUGUCACUAUCGUAACUACGAGUAUUAGAAGCGUAACAGCGUCGUACGAGGUGUAAGCGUAAAUGGCAAAUGCUAUUUAUUUAGUUGAUUAAUGUCUGCAACUAAUACUUGGAACAAUUAUUUGAAAUACUUAUAAAAUCAAGUAACACGUUAUUUCACGUAAUAUUUCAAAGAAUAACAUUUGGAAAGUGUCCAGGUCUGAACAAGACAACGCAAAGCUUACGCCUCGUAGGUAACUCCGUAUGCAGGUCGUACGUGCGUAGUCGUGUGUAGGUAUACUAAUCGGUGCUCGGGCGCUCGUUGGUCGAGCCUGGACCGAGGAUCUCAUAGCUAGCCUUUCAGCAAGAAAUCAGCGAAACGCUGUGGCAGAAGGUGUCCGCGGGCGAUAUUCGUUGCUGUAACAUAGCCUAGAUGAAGGAAUGUCGCUCAGCAGCGUUUACUAUAACGCACCAAAGCCUAGUGAUCGAUGUCUAUGCGUAAAAUUCGACUGCGAGCGAGUCUUCCUCGCGUUAUUUCCGAGGCGAGUCGCCUGAAAGCAUUCGUUUACGUCGCGACACGCUGGGACAGGCUUCCUGAAACGUGGUCAAACGUAAACGAUUUAACCUUAGGAUUUAAACCUAUGUCAAUUGAAGCAUGUACAUUUUACUUCGCGUCUAGCCAUGAAUUGCUGCGGGUCCUGCUAGAAAGGAAUUUUACAUAAUUGGUAAGAGAACCAUUAAAGGGCUACACGCAGUUGUCACAGGCAAAGUUCAAGAAUUAGUUCUGUUGCAGAUUUAAAUGCAUAUUUAUUAAACGAAUGUUAACACAUUUCUAUUUAUUUUGAUACGUACUUUAAUAUAUAUUUUAAUCUUUAAUUUCUUAGGGAAAUAUUUGAAAGUAUUAGCAUCGAACAUGAUAUUUACAUUAUUGAUUUUAAAUGAUUUUAAUGAUACAGCAAGUCUUUAUCAACAAAAUUCCUUAAUUUAAAAUCAACCAUAUAAUUCAAUUGUAUUUUUGGAUUAUUUAGUAUUCAAUUACUAGUGAUAAUUAUUGUAAUCGUGAGAUAAAACGUAUCUUAACAAGCUUUACAUAUAAUAAGUUCUAUACUUUGUACUGUAAAUGUUAAAAAAAAGUUCUCGUAUAUUGGUUGCAACAAUUGCGCGUAGCCCCUUGAUUGGAGUGUUGAUAGGGACAAAAGUGGUUGUAUUGACGUAAUCUUACACAAUCUAGCAGUACUCUGAAUGUGAGCAUAUAAACACUAAGCGAGAUAAUGCAUCGUACAUAUAAAAUAAUGUUAAAGACUUGUCAAUGACACUUUUAUCGUGAUAAUUCGUCAUGAUCGAUGUUAUUCUAAGAACUUUGUAAUUGCACACUUUGGCCACGUUUUUGCGGGUUAUGUUUCACCGUGCUAGGGUAUAAAAUUUGCACAAAAUCCAUCCGUUAGCCGAUGUUUGCUGUACAUAGCGUGGCGAACGAUCGCCGUAAACUUUUUAUAACAUACACAGUGAGCCCUCGAACCGGCGAGACGACUGCACACUUCUGUUCGAUUCACCCUUCGAGUGCCACUUAGAUGCGGGCAGAAUUCGUACCUAUAUCACCUACAUCAACCUACCUACAUCGACAUUCGAAUUAAGCAAUUAAAGGUAAUCAGAUCCUUACAGGAAAAUUUGAAUUUAUAUAAUUGUAUGGAAAUUAUCGAACGAAGCCAAGUCUGUCUAAGAGACACUGAUUAGAGAUUGGUCCACGUUGCUUAGAGGGAGAGGUAGGAGAAAUUUGAUUGCUAUAAUCGAAGCUUCGGAGGCUGAUGCUUGAAUAUUUAAUUCUAUAACUACCGAUGACCACAAUUGUGUGCUUCUAUUGUUCAUCGACUGCUUUAGCGUCUCUUAGACAGUAAUAUAUUAUUUCACAGCGAAGAAAUAAAAAUAUUACUGAUCCCUCGAAUAAACGUCGCCAAAUAAACCUGAACGAAAUUUUGCCUGUUUCUGGUGGCACCAUGGAGAACGCAGCGAUCGCAACUUUCUCACAUGUUCGUUUUUACGAGACGCGUAGCGGCGAAGAUUCACUUCUGAUACUAUUUUUAUAAAAAAACUUAGUCCGGUCGAACCGAGGCAAGGCCGGAGACCCCUCUACUGGAUACCGAGACACUCUAGCUUCGACGUAGGUUUCUGUACAUAUAACAGCGACUUGUAUCAUACACUUGUAUCUAGGUAUAACGAUUUAGGCCAAUUAUACGCACGGAGAGAACGUUGUAGCGGCCACCGACAACCGCGGCCAUAUGUAAGCUCGGAUAGUCUACGAGGAAGCUUCAACCAACAGCGCAUCGAACCAGCAAUAAUGACAAAUGUUAACGUUUUUCUUAAGCUCACUCGAUGUUCGUAGUUUGUCGAGAGAUUCUCCGCCAUGGUCUACGAGUCAGGUUUUUUCGAGAUUUCGACGGGGAGGUCGAGGGAUUGCUCCGAAAGUUGCGAAAAAGGAUCGAAGAAAUAUAACGUACUCUGCUAGACGACUUUCGAGCUGUUAAAAUUUGAAAUAUAAAAUAUAACCACGCAUAGGUUUCACACACGCUUCUAACGAAUGUCAUUUUCUUUCCACAGUGGACAGACAGAAAGAAAUCGGAACUUAAGAAUAAUGGAAUUAAAAGCACGAUAAACAAUUGCAUGUGUGUAUCUAUGAAAGAGUUAAUAUAACUUAAUUUAACACCAAGAGUUAUUUUAAAUUUGAAUCCAAAAUUAUUCUACUUUCUCGAAAAGUAGCUCGUGGCUCCAUCCACAUGAUCUAACUUUAGAAAAUCGAUUAUUCUCUCUCGAAUCUUUUGGAGGAAGCCAGACCUGACCCAGAGAUAACUUUCAUUCAUCUGUAAGCGUGACAAUUGUGAUCGUGAAGUCGUUUCGUUUUCAACUAGCCCAGUUUAGAUCGCUCGAUCGAAGCCUAGACAAUAUAGUGCAAGAUAUUUGAUACUCAAAACACGGUGCCAAUACGAUACAAUAACGCGCUAGCUGCUCCUUCAGCGAUAGUCGUACGUAUUCGCGAAUCUCUGCCAGCGUAACUCGUAAUACCUAGAAUUUAGUUCGGCUUUAUCGUUAGCGUGUAACCGUCGUCCGAUACCGUACUAGCGAUUACGGUCUAUAAUAACGAUUCGUUCAAACGAGAAUACGGGGACGUUUAGGCCAGUACAGAGUUAAUAACGUAAAUUCGUCGCUUCUGAGAGCACACGGGAAUUCACGGGCUGCGUGAUUUACUAAUGCGAGAGAUCAUUUUAAGUGUGUUGCUUCGUAGAAAAUUCGCGUGACACCUUGACGAACAUUCUCACCGUAAUAACAAUUGAUAGAUGUAUGUACAUAUAUGUGUAUUCAAGUUCUAUGUAUCCUCCAAGAAGUGUUAAGCUAAUCACAAAAUUAGUUUACGUUGCUUACACGUUUUCGAUAUCUGAUCAUUCUUGCUUUCGACGAAAUUGAUUACAGCGAAUAAUUCCAACGCUUUGGAGCUGCACGAGUUUAUUAAUAUAAUAAAAUGACACCUGAACGCAGGAAUAAAUUUUCGUUCCACUUGGAAUAAAAGAUUCAAUGAUUUACUAUUUUCUUUUCUCUUUGUGAUUAUUUCUUUUUUAUCGCUAUUGUCGCACAGCAAUUGAUGAAAAACCGAUUACGCUAGUGUCUGUAUACGAAGUGAUAUCACGCAAACGUUAAUUAGCAUACAUCAGUAUUGUCGCGAUCUGAACAAUACGCGUGUAUUGGACACAUUAUAGGAAUUGA